UAUAAAUGAAAAUUAUCAUAAUUUUAGUUUUGCUUGUAAGCAUUAAUGCCUAUUAGCUUAGAAACAAAAAGGAUUAGCUCAAAUCUCAUGUGAUUUAAGUAUUAUUCUUAUAUAGAUCUUUAGUAAAUUAGAGAAACUAUCAAAAAUCCAUAUUCGCCAUUGUACCAUUCAUCGUAUAAUCGUUUGGCGUAUUAUGUCGACACAUUUGGUCCUAGAAUGUGGGGUUCUGAAGAUAUGGCUGAUUCGGUGGAUGCUCUGGUGCAAGAGAUACAGGAUUAUGGAUUUGACAAGGUUUGGAAGGAGAAUUUGGGAGAAAUUACAUCAUGGAAAAGAGGUGAGGAAAGUGUGACUUUAUAUGAGCCAAGAUAGUAACCUUAGAAAUUAAAUAUGAUUGGUUUGGGAUGGACUCCAGCAGGAACUGUUAAAGCAGAGGUUGAAGUUGUUCAUUCGUUCGAAGAAUUAAAAAAUAUAGAUGUUAAAGGAAAGAUCGUAUGUUUUAACUACGAAUGGAAAGGAUAUUCUUCUGGAGUAUAAUUUAGAACAAAUGGGCCCAAAUUGGCAGAAGAUGCAGGGGCUGUAGGAACAAUUAUAAGAAGUGUUGCAAGUGUUUCCAUUUCGUCACCACAUACGGUAUGUAACUAUACUAUAAAAUAUAGGGAAUGACCAAUUAUCAAAAUAUCAAGUAUCCAGCUGUUGCAAUCACAGUUGAAGAUGCAGAUAUGAUAGAUAGAAUGAGAUAGAGAGGCUAGAAAGUUGUGAUUGAGAUUAUGACUAGUGGAUAAUAAUAUAAAACCACAAGUGAUAAUAUAUUGGCAGAAAUCAAAGGAUCAAAAUACCCAGAUGAAAUCUUAUUAAUGGGCGGUCAUUGGGAUUCAUGGGAUGUGGGAUCUCAGACAGGUGCCAAUGAUGAUGGUGCUGGAGUAUUGGAGUGUCUAGAGGCUUUGAAAGUUUUGAAGCAUUUAGGAAUUAAACCUAAGAGAACCAUCAGAUUCAUCGCUUGGAGUGGAGAAGAAAUGGGUAUGGCUAAUAAUGGUGCUUAACAUUAUGCAAAGACUCAUUCUUAGGAAAACCAUAUUGUUGCAUUCGAAUCUGAUCUUGGAUCUACUAAACCAUAUGGUUUUGGUGUCACAGGAGGAGAAAAAUUCACGUAAUUAUCAAACCUAGUUUAGACAACUUGUCACUUAUUUGGCCUAAGAGUACUUGACUGGAAUUGGAGCUGAGAAGAUAUAUCCUAAUGCUGGAAGUUAAGCUGAUAGUGCGGCAUUAAGAGCUGUUACAGGAACUCCAAUUAUGAACAAUAAAAUAGUUGAUAAUGAGACCCAUGAUUUCUAUUUCACAUAUCACCAUACUGCUGGAGACUCCAUGUGGAUGAUGGAUGCCGAUGAUAUGGAUGAUAAUGUCAUUGCCAUAGCUAGCAUUAUGUAUUUGAUUGCUGAUCAUGAUGAUCCUAUUCCCAAAAAUUGAU